AUGGCUCACGUCGUUCGGCCGCUAAUUCAAUGGCCCCGGUGUUGCCGCAACCAAUCCGCGGUCACUCGCCUCCUCAGCCUCCGUUCUUCUUCAACACGCGCCACUGGCGGUUUUCCAUUCCUUGCGAUCUUCUCGAACUCGUGCCGAGAAGUUCACACCGGCUCACGCGCUUUCAAACUGCGCGGCUUCAAUUCUGUCCCCGGUGGCGGCAGCAAGAACGACGAUGAGGCUUCCGACGGCGUCGAAGUGAAGAGGAGCCGCAACGAGAAGAAGCGUGAUGCUCGACGCGCCGUGCGAUGGGGUGUGGAGCUUGCGAGCUUCUCUCCAUCUCAAAUCAAACGCAUCCUCAGAGUGGCCGAUCUUGAGGAGGAGGUGUUUGAGGCUCUUAUGUUAGUGAAGAAACUAGGCCGUGAUGUUCGAGAAGGAAAGCGAAGACAAUUCAAUUAUAUAGGAAGACUGAUUCGUGAAGUGGAGCCUCAACUAAUGGAUGGAUUAAUUCAGGCCACAAAAGACGGCGACCACCACAUGUUUCAAAAUUUAUCAGGGUCCGAUACAGUGGUUUCUGAAGAUGAAGAAGAAGAUGAUGAAGAAGAAAUUGCAGAUGAGUAUGACGAAGGGGAAUCUGUGGACAUUCAUGUUGUGACCAGAUGGUAUGAUGGGCUGAUCAAUAAGGAUAUUAGCAUUAUGAAUGAAGUUUAUUCACUUCGGGAAGUCGAGUUUGAUCGUCAGGAACUUCGGCAGUUGGUUCGUAAAGUUCACUCUACACUUGGGCGUGAAGCCAGUUUGGAUGAAAAUGAAAAAUCAGAAGCUUUCGCCACUAAUGCAAGAAAAUCCCUCACCCGUUUUCUUCAAGGUCUUGCAAAGCAGCUUCCAGCUGAUUAG